GGGGAGGCAAUUCCGGAAUUUUAUGAAAUCAGAAUCAGUUUCAGGAAAAUGGGUUAGAUAAAUCAAGGCCACUAGUUCAGUUUUAUGCUAAGUUGUAAAGAUAAAUGGCUGGGGUACUUCAAUAUCUCACAUUUUCUCGCCUUGAUAUUUGUUUUACUGUCAAUAAAGUUUGUCAACGGAUACACAAACCUAUUAGUACUCUGGAUUCGGGCGACGGGGACCUCUCCCCCGUCGUUGUUCACAGCCUGCCUGCUGAUGCUCACCCACUGCCACAUUGCACGUCGAUGUCGAUUUCUAUACCCCGCCGUUGCCACUGUUCUCGCUGCCGAUACAUCACUUCUCGAUCACCUUUGCUCCUGUUUUUUUCUUGGCACACAUUCCCGGGCCAGAGUUCUUGAAAUUCUGCAAGAGAGUCAGUGCAGUCCAAUUCGAGCUUGCAACUCUACUCUCUUUUUGAUCCUAUUCGUGGAGCCCAAGAAGUUGCAGUACAAUCUAUCCCCUGAUGAAAUUGAAGUGCUAGAACAAAAUUCUUUAGCAUACUUGUUUCAAGUUUUACCACUUCCACUCCUAUUUUGUUUGUGACGAUAAAUCACAAUCACCAAUUUGGGGUGUCGGACACCUUUAGGUGGCCUAAAGUACUUUUGAUGGUUUCAGUUACUUAUAUACAUGUCUUCAAAAGUACAUUUUGAGACUUUUUAGGCCUUUGGAGACUUCUUGAACGUUAAAGGCCAUUUGGACACUUUUUUGUCGCGCUUUGUUUUUUCAAGUAAUUUAGAUGUUAUUUU